GUGUGUGUGUGAGUGAGUGAGUGUGCUGCUUGUACAUUGGUUUAUUGUGCCACCAAGUUCAAAACAAUCCUUUGACAAAUGGAGAAACUGAUACAUUUUUAAAAAUGUAAACAGGAGUGGACAAAAUAAAAUACCAUGCAUCUAAAACCUUGAACCUACUUAUUAUAAUCCAGUUACAAUCUUUUUUGUUUUUUAAUUUAAUCAUCUCUCAUUUAUAAUUUUGUUACCUUUAACUUUGUAUAGAGGAGCAGAUGGAAGAACCGUCCUCGCCAAGAAAACAAGUCGUUUUUCUAGUUUGACGGCAAGGGGAGUUCAGCAUCAAAAAAUGGUCAAAUAUUUACUGUUUUGUCUGUGUUCUGUUUGCUGAAGCAGCUAAAAUGCUAACUACUGUACAGUACUGGCUCCUCCAGAAUCAGCUGUUUAUCACAGAGGGUCUGAUGGAAUUCUGUUAUAAUCUCGUCAAAGGAAAAUCCCAAAACAUUUAUUUGUGCUCGUGCUCUGGUUGUUUGUUUGUUUGUUUGUUUGUUUUUGCAGCCGUCUUUAUUGUAUGUUUGCAUUUGACCAUGUGAGCAACAGUCAGCUCUUCAAGCCAUUCUCCAUCUAUCACUUGGCUGUAAUUUAAUCAGGAACCGCGUCUCAAUCAGAAACUGGGUUGGCCGCCACUCCCAGCACAAGUCACCAUGUCUGCACUGUCCCUGCCAAACAGAGAGACACACAGAAGGAGAGGACAGAAAAUACAGAGCAGGAAUUUGUGUUUAGCCAUGAAGUGAGAAACAGAUUUGGGGAGAAGCAGAUGCUGCAGCUGCCACUUUUCUCUGCCUCGGAGGACCUGGGCUGCCGACGUGGAGACUUCAGCAGAAAACACUAUGGGUCAGUGGAGCUGCUGAUUUCCAGUGACGCAGACGGGGCCAUUCAGAGGGCAGGACGCUUCAGGGUGGAGAAUGGCUCAUCAGAUGAGACCUCAGACUACACUCCAGGAACCUGGAGGAGAACCGAUGUCCAUCUGGAGAACCCGGAGUACCACACCAGAUGGUUCUUUAAAUACUUCCUGGGAAAAGUUCACCAGAACUACAUUGGUACCGAUGCAGAGAAGAACCCCUUCUACCUUUCUGUCGUCCUCUCCGACCAGAACAAUCAGCGGGUCCCUCAGUACCGGGCGAUUCUCUGGAGAAAGUCGGGCACUCUGAAGAUCAGCCUCCCCUACAGUCCCACCAAAACACUGUCGGUCAAAUCCAUCCUCAGCGCGAUGAACAUGGACCGGUUCGAGAGAGGCCCCAGAGAGAUUCUCAACCCGGAGAUUCAGAAGGAUCUGCUGGUGUUGGAGGAACAGGAGGGAUCUGUCAACUUUAAAUUUGGUGUCCUGUACGCCAAAGACGGACAGCUAACAGAUGAUGAGAUGUUCAGCAACGAGACGGGGAGCGAGAGCUUCGAGAAGUUCCUCAACCUUCUGGGCGACACCAUCACGCUCCAUGGUUGGGCAGGGUACCGUGGUGGGCUGGACACCAAGAAUGACACUACAGGAAUCAAAUCCAUCUACACGGUCUAUCAGGGCCACGAGCUCAUGUUCCACGUGUCCACCAUGUUACCUUACUCCAAAGAGAACAAACAGCAGGUGGAACGGAAAAGGCACAUUGGAAAUGACAUUGUUACUAUAGUAUUCCAAGAAGGAGAUGACGCAUCAUCGUCCUUCAAACCAUCAAUGAUCCGAUCACACUUCACCCAUAUUUUUGCAUUAGUUAGGUAUAAUAGCCAGAAUGACAGUUACAGGUUGAAGAUAUUCUCAGAGGAAAGUGUUCCGCUCUUUGGACCCCCCCUCCCGUCUCCACCUGUGUUUACUGAUCACCAUGAAUUCAGGGACUUUUUACUAGUCAAAUUAAUUAAUGGAGAGAAAGCCACACUGGAGACGCCAACGUUUGCCCAGAAGCGUCAGCGGACCCUUGAUAUGUUAAUCCGCUCUCUGUACCAGGACCUAAUGCCUGACCUGCACAAGGUUCCUUUUUCUCCCCAGAACAUGUUAAAUCGCCGAUCGUUCAGCGACGUUUUGCCGGAGUCGCCGAAAUCGGCGCGCAAGAAGGAGGAGGCGCGACAAGCUGAAUUUGUGAGAAUAGGACAGGCUCUAAAACUGAAGACCAUCGUAAGAGGAGACGCUCCAACUAGUCUGGUCACGACUGGUCUGUGCAGGAAAGAGCCCUGGGAGUCCCAGUCCUUCUGCAGCACUUUCCCCUACGAGAUUGUGUGCGCUGACUCCUGGGGUCAGCAGUCUCUGCUGGCCGCCACAGACACAGCGGGGGUAAUGCUGCUGGACGGCCCUGAUCCAGCGCUCCCCAACACUGAAACGCAGGCUCUGCCCCCGGUGCAGGUUUUUGACAGAACAAUGGUGGUGAAGCAGCUGCACGUUCUGGAGCCUCAGGACCUGCUCAUCACCAGGGCAGACAAAGGGAAGGAUGCUCGGCUCUAUGUGUUCAGACUUGGCGCGCUCAAAAGAGGCCUGGAAGAGAGGCAGCUCGUCAGAAGCAAGUGUGACAGCCGGGAAAAUAAGCUGGAGAAAACCAAAGGCUGUCACUUGUACUCUAUCAACACCCACCACGGCUCAGAGCUGAGGAUAGUAGCAGCCAUCAGGAACAAACUCCUCCUCAUCACCAGGAAACAGCCACGGUCUGAAGGCUCUAACGCCGUCUCCACAGGAGCAGACUCUCCAGUGGAGGAGUUUCAGUACAUACGGGAGAUCUGUCUGUGCGACCCGCCUGUGGUGAUGGCGCUGGUGGACGGGCCGACGGGUGAAAAUGACAACAUGAUCUGUGUGGCCUACAAGCAUCAGUUUGACCUGAUCAAUGAGAGCACUGGAGACGCCUACAGGCUACACCACGUCGAUGCCAACAGGGUCAAUUUUGUCGCAGCUAUUGAUGUGUACGAAGACGGAGAAGCAGGUCUGCUGUUGUGUUACAACUAUAUUUGUUACUAUAAGAAAGUAUGUCCGUUCAGUGGCUCCACACCCAUGAUCCAGUCCAACACUUCUGACUUCCACUUCAGCUGGAACCAGAUGCCCAACGCUAUUGUUUGUGCAUUUCCUUACAUCCUGGCAUUCACAACUGACUCCAUUGAGAUUCGACUGGUGGUGAAUGGCAACCUCGUGUACACCGCAGUGGUCCCAGAGCUGCAGUUGGCCGCUUCACGAUCGGACAUAUAUUUUCUUUCGUCAGCUCCAGUCAGCUCGGCCUCCAAUUGCAGUUCAAGGGAUACCAGCUCCCAGAGUUCACCUCAGACGCCCACUGGCUACGAGAUGCCCGUCUUCCCCUCGCCGCUCGGUGAUGAUUCUAUACGGAUCCCCUAUGGUACCAAGCUUUCCCUGUACAUGUCUAAGGACGCAGAAGGCGAAGCAGCUUGUAAACACAUCUUCAAGAUCCCUCUGUGUAACCUGGUGGGCCGCAGCAUUGAAAGACCCCUCAAGUCCCCUCUGGUCAACAAGGUGCUGACAGCGCCAGCUCCUGUCACGGUGGCCCCCACUCCCCUCAUCUCUGCAACACAUUCACUGUCGCUGUCCCGCAUGGAGAUCAAAGAGAUAGCUAGCCGCACACGCAAAGAGCUGCUUGGCUUGACAGAGGAACCGAGUGGGAAGUCGGAUAGUGGAACAGUCAAACAGAGGAAGAUGAGCAAAAAGAACACGGAGGAAGAGCCUAAACCCCGAGCGCUGACGUCCACAAACAGUGACAGGUUAGCGUCAGACUCUUUUGAGGCAGACUUAGACAUCCAGCUGCACUGUUCCACCAGUCUGGAGGCCGAGCCAGAGAAGGCGGUGCUGCAGGCAGAGAACCUGCCCCUCACCAGCGCUUUUGCCCUCCCUACGUCGUUUGAAGAAGAUGUCUUGGACCUAAAAUGAAGACAAUCCCCCAUCAUGCACUUCUCUGCCCACCCCCGUAUUGUCUGUCACAUUUUCUCAUCUUGAAUGGGUUGUUUUUAGGUUGAUGUUUGUUGGAGCCUUUGUUGUUGGCAGUCUUUGGUUGUUAUCCUUGUAUCCUGGGUCUCUCAUUCAUCGGACAAAUAGGUACGGUGGGAGUUCCGAAGCCGUUUCUGUGCGUGUGUGCGUGCGUGUUUGUUUUCCUGAGCUGCUCUCAGCCACUGUGCGUUAGUUGUUGUUGGUUGCCCCGCAGCAAAUAACCCAAAGAGGUGUCAUCGGUGUCAUGUGAAAUGCUGUGGUGUGUUCAGAGUUCUGCAACUGCUUUUGAGACAAGGUUAUCGGUUCGAUCCCAGACCACAGUGCGAAUGUAAACCUAGCGUGGCGAAAGGUCUUCGUGUUCACGCUGCCCUCGGACGUUUCUGGAGCUUCUUACAGUACAUGUUGUAAAUUCUGUGAUUAUUUCCAAAUUCACUUUCAAAUGUUGUAUGAUAUGCAUAUGUGCGUGUACAUCUGUUUAUACAUGGAAAUGCCUUCACAGUGUGUGCUCGUCAUGCCUGUGACGCAUACUUAUAGAUCUAUAUAAAUCCAUUCUAUUCCCAUAUUUAGUAAAACAAAAAACAAAAAAAAAACUAUGAUGUUUUUGGUUCUCUGCACAUAUUGGACCUUAUUCUCCUCCUUACUCACAGCACACAGGAAGACAGGGCUGGAGGCAAAGUCUCCCACAAGUGCCAGUUCCCAUCAUCCUUCACUCGGCUAAACCUCAAGUAUUUCGGUGUCUGACAGCAAACAGCCAUGAUUACAGUGGACGCCGUCGGUCCCGUCACUGACCGAAGGCAGUUCUGAACCCUGAAUCUGCAUGACCCUCCUCUAAUAUGUGUGUGUGUGUUGUGUCUUUCAUAUAAACAAAAGCUUCUUCCGAAAUCUUGCGUCUGCGAUAUUAAAUCUAAGACUUAUCUGCAUAAAAACACAUCUUCAAUCACGAGUCCAUCUUUAAAAAAAAGGGAAAAUUAUGUUUUACCGUCAUACAAAUCACUAUCAGGUCCGAUACCCGUCUGCUCGGACCAAGACCUCCAAGUCCCCCCAUGUUUAAAAAAGAACAGGAGAACAUUUGAAGAGAUUAGCCCAUAAUUAUGUUUAUUGCACAAAAUCUGUUCUGGUUACAUCAGGGCGGGAAAUCAGGAUCCAGAAUUUAAAACCAAAGCAGCCUUGAGUUGUAAUAAAGUAGAAUUAUAAUUAAUAUAACUGUUGUGAAACAUUUGAAAGUGUAACUGCAAAAAUAACCAUGCUGAAGUUUCAGCACAGCCAGGUCUGCUAAUGUUAUCUGUAAUUUUACAGAUAACUCCGCUGUUGUUUUUAAUUCACCCUGUCUGGACUACAAAAACGGACUCUUUUAUUGCAUGUGAUCAGGUGAAAAGCAGAUAAAGGAAUUAUACAGGUUGUUUAAAGGCCAAUGUUAAAGUUAAAGUCAGUUUAGUUGAUGUGAAAUCCCAGUUCAUAAAGUCCUGCAUUGAGCUGUGUUUCAGUGUUUGCUCCUAGAUAUUUAUUCUUUUGAAACAGUCGCAUAAAUUGCACUUUUUUUUAAAACCAUGCUUUCGUAAUCAAAUUCAAAACGGCAUAUGACGUAUAAACAAAGAACAAACAAACAUGGCUCAUCGAUGAUCAUUUACGAGCAGUGGUCGCGCUUUUUCCAUAACGUGAGCGCCCCUACGUGGUGACUCACAACACAACGGGUCGUGCAUGAAUUUUUUUUUCUCCCUCGUGCAUUUCUCCCUGUUCUUCUGCCUGUAUCAGUGUGAAUUGUUCAGACUCUAUAACAUAACAUUAAAAAAAACUUUAAUGGGACUAAACAAGGGAAACGGCGGAAGUUUAAGUCUUUAUUGCUCUGAAUGUGAGUUUGGGUGAUGGGGGAGCUCUCGUACUCCCACCCCUGUUUCCUUUUCUUGUGUGUUCUUGUCACGUACUCUAUUUUUUUCUACCUCCCUUUGGCAUUUUCACUGUUUCUUCGUUUUUUGUUGUUUUCUUCUGUUGUAUUUGAACUUAUAUUUACUGUUUAGACUGUUGCUGAACCUCUCUGUGAUAUCAAAAUGAAGGAAAAAUAACACACAAAAAAACAAAACAAAACAAAACAAAAAAAAAACACCAAGUGUCUUAAAUUAUUGUA